AGGAUUGCAGGAAUAACAAAGAACAUAAAUUUUAAAAAAUAAGUAAACAAGCUAAUUGAUAAUGUAAAAUAGUUUCAUGAUCUUGAGUCAGUGGAAAAAAGGCAAAAUGCUCAACCGAAAAUGUAAGAAAAGCAAUAAGCACCAAUCACUCCAACAAGAGCAAACAGGGCCAAAAAACAACACUUAUUGUGUAGAAGGUUUACAAAUGAUUCCAAGGGAUGUCGAAGGCCACAAACGGCUCUGAACACAUUUAACUACAGUCGACAGCUGAAAAUGUGUUCCGGUGGGAUUGUUGCUUUCCCUUAUCAGCUGUUUGCAACAUCGGAAACCACUUCCACCAAAUAAAGUAACAAUUAACCGUUAUCAGCACUCGCUGUCGCUUCAAUCACUGUGGGGUAAAACGGUCAUGCUGUUUGUCCGCGGUAUUGCGGUAUUGAUGUGUCUUUCGAUGUAUGCCGCACAGUUUGAGUAAUAUGUGCCCGGUUGUGAGGUUUUUUUCCUCAAUUUACUCCAAACUUCCUCGCUACUAUCUCAUUUGAAUGGGAGAUAACGGUUCAUGAGUUCAGAGACCUAGCUGAGACCAAACAGCAGGACAUGAGCUAACGACUCUAAAACAAUAACCGAAACAAGAAAAAAAGUGCAAACAUACAAAAAAACAAACGGUCGAUUGAACGGAAUAAAUCGAGUCAAAACUGCAACAACUCAGCUAUUAAAUGUGAUGGGUGUGGACUCGGCUUCAGGUGUGUUUUGGUAGCAACCGCGAAGGCCGGUAUCGAAUUUGGCUGUUUCCGUUAAAAUGAAUAUCCUUUGUGGAACCUGUGGAGAACCGAACGGUGGUCCUGGUGAGAUGCAAAGUAUAGCUAACUUUUCGGAAAUUUAUUUCCUCCUCACUUCGAUUAACGUGCACGAGUCGGAGGUGUUGGCGGCGCGCUUGGUUUGCUCCGAUUGCCAAGAGAAGCUGCAGCAGUUGGAACAAUUCCGUGCCUUAUGUAUUCGGGUACAUGAGUCUUUGAUGCAGAUCGCUGCGGACGAAACACAAGCUCCCGACGAGAAAAAGGAUCUGCGCCUAGAAUCCGUCAGUCCCAGUCCCGAUCGCGAUCAUACGGCAGAAGAGAAACAGCUCGAUACCCAAUCCUGCGAUAACGAUGACGAGGAGGUGGUAACCGAUGCCGUAGAAGAUGAAUCGAACAACGAAUCGUCGGAAGUGCCCACUGGCAAAGUUUGUGAGGCGCUGGUUGAGGCCACCACCGUUCCCAACCGCGGCCGAGGGAUUUUCCUGUUCGCCUGUACGAAAUGCGAGAAAAAGUUCAAAACACAAACCCGACUCAAUGGCCACCUGAGGGAACACCAGGGCCUAAAACCUGCCGUAUGCGAGAUCUGUGGAAAGGAGUUUAUCAAAUGGUUUAACCUGAAGAUGCACAUACGCCAUAAGCACACGGACGAGCAGCAGCCCAAGAUUCCGUGUGAUUUUCCCGGGUGUGAGCUUACCUAUACGACCGUAGCAAACAUGCGGAAACACCGGAAAUCGCAUGAUCCGAACUAUUUGGCCCCCCAGCCUCAGCAAUACAUCUGCGAGCAGUGUGGCAAAUCGUACACAACUGCAGGCGCACUAAAGGCACACACCUACUCACACACCGGUGAUCGACCAUUCGCGUGCACGAUGUGCGAGAAGAAGUUUGUCAACAGCAACAAACUCCGGAUACACAUGAUGCGCCAUCAGGGUAUUAAGAAGUACGAGUGCCCACACUGCGGUAUGAAAAAGACGACCAAGAAUGAGCUUCGGAUACAUAUCAAUCACCACACGAAGGAGCGCUUAUCAAUCUGCAGCACGUGUGGCCAGUCGUUUACCAGUUCAGGAAAUCUAGCAAGACACGUGCGCAUAGUGCACCGGGGCAUCAAAGCGUUCAAAUGCCCACACUGUGGCCAAUCGUUUGCGAAAGCGGAAACACUGAAACAUCACGUGAUGACGCACACCGGCGAACGGCCACACGCGUGUACGGAGUGCGGCAAACGGUUUAUCCAGCUCGUAGCCCUUCGCACGCACAUGAAAACGCAUGCCAAGGCAAUGGGCACGCCAGCACUGCGGUACGAAACCACAGUAAAACGCGAUGGUCAAUUGUGCAGCGAUGAAGACAAAAUCAACCCAAUAGUAUAGUCCCAUUCGGGCGUACAGUACCGUAAGGAAGAGAACGCGAACGCUUUUCUUUUAGCACAUAAUGACCACAUAGACAUUUAUUACAUUCAUCUCGGGU